CUGCAAGAAACGAAACUCAACCGGAAGACUCUGGAGACAAGAACAUGGAGGGAUCCUUCCAGGUGUGCAGGAACUGCAAAAGAAGAAAGGCCUCUGCCCACCUGGCCCUCCAUGAGGCGCACUGCGUGCUGUUCCUGACCCUCUGCCCCAACUGCAGGGAGCCCGUGCUGCAGGGGAAGGUGGACGAGCACCAGGAGAACGGGCACCAACAGGUCGGGUGUGCGAUGUGCCAGCAGAGCAUGCAGAAGCACCUGCUGGAGUUUCAUGAGACCAAGGAAUGCCCGGAGCGCCCCGUUGAGUGUAAGUUCUGCGGGGCAGCCGUGCGCCUGAGCAAGCUGGAGAUCCACGAGCACCACUGCGGCAACCGCACGGAGCUCUGCCUGGCCUGCGGGCAGCUGGUCGUGCUCCGAGUGCUGCCCCAGCACAGGGACACCUGCCAGAGUAAGCAGGCCCCGCGCGGGACAGGGAAAAGGAUUUCAGUUCCUGAAAGCAGUAUCAAGUGUCAUUAUUGCAACCAAAUGAUCUCAGAAAAUAAGUAUUUACACCACAUGGAUAAAUGUCGCACCAUCUCAGAGUCUGCAAAACAUCUUCCAGUUGAAAAGCCAAGAAAUUCUCCUCCAUCCCUCCCAAGUCAGGCUGCUGAAAAUCAAACUUCCACUGUAAAAAAAGAUGUUCGACCAAAGACGAAAAAUAUAAGCAGAUUUCCUCUUCUUGCUGAAAAUUCAACAAAACAAGCACCAAGUAGCACAAACGAAACCCUGAAUCUGCCUCUGAAGUCUGAGCACAGGCCCUGGAUCACCUCUCCUGUAGAUGAAGCACCCUAUGACAUCCUGAGGAGAUGUCCUCAGUGUGACAUCCUACUUCCUCUGCCCACCCUAAACCAACAUCAGGAGAAAUGCUGCUGGUUAGCUUCAUCGAGAGGAAAAUAAGUGAGAAACUCCAGCUAGAUUUGGAAAAGAAAAGAGAGAUCGGUUUGCCCAUGAGCUACAGAUAAACAAGGAGAAAAAAAGCCUCCAGCUCUUCUGCCUGAGAAUUCUGAUCAAGCGUCUGGGCCCCCCGUGGCUUGGACACCUUGGGGGACCCCAGCUUUGUCCAUUUUACAUUCCCACCAGCAAUGUAUGAGAUUGAGUUUCCCCAAAUUCCCUGGCCAACAUUUGGUGUUAUCAUGAUCUUUUUUUCUAAUUUUAGCUAUUCUAAUGGUACUGUGGUUUCAAAUUGCAUUUCCCUAAAGUCUAACGAUGUUUUCACUUGCUUGUCUGCCAUCUGAAAUGUCUAUUCACGUGUUCCGCCCAUUCUCUAAAUGGACCGUUUGUUUCCUUUGCUGUUGAGUUUUGAGACAUGUAUCUAUUUCCUGGAGAAUAAAAACAGCCUCCUGAAA